GGUUGAAGCAAAGCUUGAAAACUGGUACGUUACGGGCCUGAGGCAAGAAAACAUUGUACCAUCUCUUGUGGCUUCCAUAGGGGAUAGCAAGUCUUCCCUACUGAAAAUAGAGUUUAAUGUUAACCCAGAGGAUAGUACUGCUGACCAGAGUCUUACUAUUGAAUCACAGCCUGUGGAAAUAAAAUAUGAUGCAAGAACAAUAAAUGCAAUGGUAGAAUUCUUUCAGACAAGUAAGGGAAUGGAUCUUGAAAGGUUAACAUCAGCCACAUUAAUGAAGCUGGAAGAAAUCAAGGAAAGAACAGCUACAGGAUUAGUUCAUAUUAUCGAAAUGCGGAAGGUCCUUGACUUGAAGGUUAAUCUGAAACCUUCCUACCUUGUGGUUCCACAGACGGGUUUCUACCAUGAAAAAUCAGAUUUGCUGAUUUUGGAUUUUGGUACAUUUCAGCUGAACAGCAUAAAUCAAGGCAGUAGUCAAGCUUCUAGCUUUUCAUCUUUAGAGGAGAUAAUGGACAAAGCUUAUGACAAGUUUGAUGUGGAAAUAAAGAAUGUUCAACUUCUUUUUGGAAGAACAGGCGAAGACUGGAAGAAGGCUCGCUUUCAACAUCCAUCAACUUUGCACAUAUUGCAGCCUAUGGAUAUUCAUGUACAGUUGGCAAAAUCAAUGGUGGAAAGAGAUACCAGGAUGGCAAAGUUUAAAGUGUCAGGAGGACUUCCUUUGGUGCAUGUCAGACUCUCUGACCAGAAAAUCAAGGCGAUAUUUGAUCUGAUUGAUAGCAUUCCAUUGCCUCAGAAGUCAUCCAUGUCAAUCUCAGGCACAAAGGUACCAGCUGUUCAGACAAUUUCUGCUGUUAGCAAAGGGUUGCUUAAUACUCCCCAGUUGUUAGCAGAAAUAGUGUCAGACUCUGAAGAAGAAUAUUUUGAUGUAGAGGAAAGUUCUGAACCAACUGACAGGACACUAAUUAAAGGAGAAGAAAUAAGAGAUAAGGAGCCUGCUAAAGAGGAACUGACAGAUCUUCAGUUGAAGUUCGAAAUUAAAGAGGUUUUAGUAGAACUCACCAGGCAAAAGAAAACUGAGGAAACGGUGCUUGUAUUUGAUGUAAUGCAUCUUGGGACAGAAGCGACCGUCAGAACCUAUAAUUUAGCAGCUGUAUCUUAUUUAAAGAAAAUAAGCUUGGAUUACUAUGAGAUUGGAGGUAAAAAAGCACCCAUUCAUCUAAUUAGUUCAUCAGAUAAACCUGGCUUAGACCUUCUGAAGGUGGAAUAUAUCAAGGCUGACAGAAAUGGGCCACACUUCCAGACAAUUUUUAACAACACCGAACAGAUGAUUCAAGUAGCUUUUUCAUCAUUGAAUCUUCUACUGCAUACAGAAGCGCUUAUGUCUGCUGUCAGUUUUCUAACAGCUGUUAGUCCAUCAGGCAAUGACAGUAGUGGAGACACACCAACUAAAGACAAAAAGCAAGAAGAUGACACUAGAAUGAAGAAAGGUACGGUUUCUUCCAAGGAUAAGGAUGUCUUUGACUUCAAGCUUUUUGCCAAGCUAGAUGCCUUCUGUUUAAAUAUUUGUGAUGAAAAAAAGAACAUUGCAGAGAUCAAGAUACAAGGUCUUGACUCAUCACUUCUCCUUCAGCCAAGUCACACUGAAUUCUUUGCCCGACUUAAAGACAUAGUUGUCACAGAUGUUGAUUCAAGGACCCUUCAUAAAAAAGCUGUGUCUAUAGUAGGAGAUGAAGUUUUCAGUUUCAAUCUGAUGUUAGAUCCAUGUGCUACUGAAGGAGAAGCCUACACUGACAUGUCAAAAGUGGAUGGUACUGUGUCUUUGAAAGUGGGCUGUAUUCAAAUAGUGUACCUUCACAAGUUUCUCAUGUCUCUCCUGACCUUCUUGAACAACUUUCAGACAGCUAAGGAGGCACUGAGUGCUGCUACAGUCCAAGCUGCAGAAAAGGCUGCUACCAGUGUAAAAGACCUGGCUCAAAGGAGUUUUCGACUUGCAAUGGACAUCCACUUGAAAGCACCAGUUAUAGUCAUUCCUCAGUCCUCAGUUUCCCCUAACGCUAUAGUAGUAGAUCUCGGCUUGAUUAAAGUUCAAAACCAGUUUAGCUUGGUGUCUGCAGAAAGCAGUUUGCUCCCUCCAGUCAUUGACAAAAUGGAUGUGCAGCUGACAAAGCUGAAACUGUCUAGGACCACUAUGGAGACAGGUUUGUCGCAUCCAGACAUUCAGAUACUUCAGCCUAUUAAUUUAAGCCUGUCUGUGAAACGAAAUCUGUCUGCAGCGUGGUUUCACAAAUUACCAGUGUUGGAGAUGACGGGAUGUCUGGAUACAAUGAAUGUUGUGUUAAGUCAAGAGGAUUUGAAUGUCUUUCUCAAAGUGUUGAUGGAAAACCUUGGUGAAGCAGAAGAAAACCAAACUCAUACAAAAUCAGUACUGCAAAAGGAAGGUAAAACCAAAGAAAUGGAGAAAUCAAUUUUGACACAGGAUAAGAGUGUUCCAGAAGGAAUACUGCCUGAAAAGAGAAAAAGAACAGUAAAUGAAGAUGUAAUCAAUAUGCUACUUAAUUUUGAAAUCAGAGAGGUUGUAGUAACCUUAAUGAAGCAGGUGGAGAAGGAGAGAUAUCCAUUACAUAUUCUAACUGUACUACAGCUGGGAACCGAAACCAAAAUUAGAAAUCAUGAAUUGACUGCAGCAGCAUAUCUGAAAAAGAUUAUAAUGAGAUGCAUUGAAAUAAAUGACUCAAAAGGAGAUCCUCUUUGCAUUAUUAAUUCUUCAAGUGAGACAGAUGAACAUCUUCUGAAAAUGGAAUACAUUAAGGCUGAUGCUGAUGGACCAGAUUUUGUUACUACUUACAGAAGCACCAAGCAAAACAUCAAUGUCAUCUUUUCAUGUUUGGAUAUAGUACUUCACACAGAGGCUUUGCUUUCCAUCAUGAGUUUUCUCACAUUCAGUGUUCCAUCAGGUGGUCUUCCUGCUACUGAUAAAGCAUCAGACCACAAACCUCAAAUAAAAGAAAAAGAAAAAGGAAGUACUCUUAGACCAGUGUCUAGUAAUGCGGCCCAUGAUGAUAUCUGUGAAUUAAGACUCACUGCAAAGCUAAAUGCAUUCGGUAUUACAGUGUGUGAUCAGACCUGUAGCAUCGCAGAUAUCAGAAUACAAGGAAUGGAUGCAUCUGUAGCUAUGAAAACUAAAAAGAUAAAAGUGUUCUCCAGACUUGAAGACAUUGUAAUUACCAACGUUGAUCCGAAAACAAUCCAUAAAAAGGCUGUCUCCAUAAUGGGAGAUGAAGUGUUUAGAUUUCACAUGUCACUUUAUCCAGAUGCUACUGCAGGGGAAGCCUACGUUGAUAUGUCAAGAGUGGAUGGUAAAAUGUCUCUGAAAGUGGGCUGCAUCCAAAUAAUUUACCUACAUAAAUUCUUUAUGUCUCUCUUGGGCUUCCUAAACAAUUUCCAAACAGCACAAGAAGCCCUGACUGCAGUCACUGUCCAGGCAGCAGAAAUGGCUGCUUCUAGCAUGAAAGACUUUGCUAAAAAGAGCUUCCGCCUCUUAAUGGAUGUCAACUUGAAAGCUCCAGUUAUAGUUAUUCCUGAAUCUUCAACUUCAUAUAAUGCUUUGGUCGCUGAUCUUGGCUUAAUCAGAGUUCAGAAUGAAUUCAAGCUGGUGUCUUCAGAUGAGUCUUCUCUUCCUCCAGUCAUUGACAACAUGGAUGUGCAGCUAACUCAUUUGAAGUUAUCAAGGUGCAUAAUAUCCACAGAUUCUCAACCAGAUUCUGAAAUUCUGCGUCCUGUGAGUUUGACUUUACUGGUCCAGAGAAAUCUAGCAGCAACUUGGUAUCAUAAGACACCAACAAUUGCUAUCAAAGGAGACCUAAAACCAAUGCAGAUUGCACUCAGUGAAGAUGAUCUAACUGUUGUCAUGAAAAUCUUACUUGAGAACCUUGGAGGGGCUUCUUCACAGCCAAAUACUGUGCAAGAGAACGUUGAAGAUAGACAGAUACUUAAAAAAGGGAAAGUUCCAAAUGAGUCUGACUUCUGUGAGGAUGUUUCUACACUUCAGUCUUCUGCGGAAUGUUAUACAACACUUAAAUUUGACUUCAAUUUUGAGUCACUUUCAGUAACUCUCUACAAUAGUGAAAUGAAUCAGAAGUCUCUGCUUUCGCUGCAUAGUGACAAAUUACGCCUUGGUGAACUCCGACUGCAUCUCAUGGCAUCAUCGGGGAAGAUGUUCUCAGAUGGCUCAAUGGAUAUUAAUGUUAAACUCAAGGCAUGUACCCUGGAUGAUCUCAGAGAAGGAAUUCAGAAUGUGACUGCAAGAAUGAUAGACAAGAAAAAUGACAGCAAUGACAGUUCUAUGAUAGAUAUAAGCUACAAGCAGGAUAAAAACGGAACGGAAGUUGUUUCUAUACUUGACAAGCUGUAUGUAUGUGCCAGUAUGGAGUUUUUGUUGACAGUAGCAGACUUUUUCAUUAACUCAAUGCCAGCAUCCUCAACUGAAAGAUCUGCACAGUUCCAAUUAAAGCAUGUUGCUCCUGGGAAAUCCAAGCCAGAAACAGAAGUAUCUGUACGGCCAAAUAUGACAGUAAAAGCUGUGAUCAUGGAUCCAGAAAUUGUAUUUGUUGCUAAUUUGACCAGUGCUGAUGCACCUGCCUUGAAAGUUUCCUUCCAAUGUGACUUUUCUCUGACAUCUGGAAAGCUUGUGCAAAGGAUGACUGCUCAAGUGAAGGGCUUCAAAGUGUUGGUCUGUGCCUUUCUCAAUGAAAAACAAGACAAGAGUGUUACUACAGUAUUACGGCCAUGUUCUUUGGUGAUGGAAAAUAUGGUUCAUGUCUCAGGAUUACACACUGUGGUAGUGACAAUAGAAGAACUUACUAUAAAGAUCUCGCCAAUUAUUCUGAACACUGAUGCCAUAAAACCCAAAACAGCAGAGGAGGAUUCUAAAGGAGCAACUGAAGUUUCUGAGGAUUUGUGGCAAGUGAAGCCUAUUGAUCAGUGCAAUGCUUGGUUUCUUGGUGUUGAUGUAGCCACAGAAGCAACAGAAAAUUUUAAGGACCGUGAACAUAUUCUGAAACAAGAGAAAUUUGACGUUGUAGUGCAAUCAGUGCAGAUCACCUUGGAAUGUGGUUUGGGACAUCGUACUGUCCCUUUAUUGUUAGUAGAGUCUGUGUUUUCAGGUGUCGUUAAAAACUGGUCCUCGCUGAUGGAGAUCACUGCUGAUAUGUCACUGGAGAUUCAUUAUUACAAUGAAAGCUAUGCAGUGUGGGAGCCGUUUAUUGAACGAAUUGAAGGAGGAAAGAAACAAUGGAGUUUAAAGCUGGAAAUGAAGACUAACCCUGUCCAAGAGAGAAGUUUGAUGCCUGGGGAUGAUUUUAUUGUUCUUCCUGAGCCACAAACUGCAGUUAACAUCUCGUCGAAGGAUACGAUGAAUAUAACGAUAUCCAAAUGUUGUCUUGCUGUUUUCAGUAAUUUAGCCAAGGCAUUUUCAGAAGGGACUGCAUCCACGUUUGACUAUUCCUUUAAAGAGACAGCACCUUUCAUAGUGAAAAAUGCCCUAGGUGUUCCUCUCAAAGUGCUUCCUAGCUCAAGUUUUCGGAUAGUUGGUUCAGUUGAAAAAGAAAACAUGCAUGAUGUAGACAUUGGUCAGAACAUGGAACUGGAAUACUCUGUUUUCGAAGCACCCCAACGAGGAAAGCUGUCUGCAUUGUACCGACAAGAAAGCUCUGUCUUCUCUUUAAAUUUAGGACUUCAAGGAUAUAAAGAAGUGGUAAACAUUCCCAUAGCCAAACCAGGUCGACGACUGUACAACGUGAGAAACCUUGUUGACUGUUCAGACUCGAUCAUUGUACAGAUAGAUGCUACAGAAGGAAAUAAGGUUAUUACUGUACGAUCUCCUCUGCAGAUCAAGAACCAUUUCUCAAUCCCAUUUAUAAUCUAUAAACUGGCUAGAGACUCCAAGUCGCUGGAGCCAAUUGGCAUAUCCAAGCCAGAAGAGGAAUUUCAUGUUCCUUUACAUUCAUACAGGUGUCACCUAUAUGUUCGACCAACAGGAAUGUUAGAGGGUCAGUUCAAUGAGUCCACGACUUACAUUGUCUGGAGGGAAGAGCUACAUAGGAGCAAUGAAGUGAAGUGCUUGUUACAGUGCCCAGCCACUGAGACAAAUUUCUUGCCUCUAAUAAUCAGCUCAACAGCUGUACCUGAUGAACUAAAUUUCAUUUCCACUUCUGGAGGGGAGUGGGAUCCUGCCUACAUUAUCCACUUUUACCCUACACUGACUGUGAGGAAUCUUUUACCAUACUCCUUGAGAUACUUACUUGAGGGAACAGCGGAAGCCCGGGAAUUGGUGGAAGGGAGUGCUGCAGAUGUUUUUCAUUCAAGAAUCAGUGGAGAAAUAAUGGAGCUUGUAUUGAUAAAAUAUCAAGGCAAAGACUGGAAUGGGCAUCUUAAAAUUCAUGAUGGGAUGCCUGAAUUUUUUUCUGUGUGUUUCACAUCCCAUUCUGCAAUGGUGAUGACGGUGGAUAUUUACAUACACACUAGGCGCAUUGGAAGCCGUAUGAUCUUGUCUGUGUUCAGUCCUUAUUGGAUAAUCAACAAGACCUCCCGUGUUCUCCAGUAUCGAGCUGAAGACACUCACGUGAAGCAUCCAGCAGACUACAGAGAUAUUGUUUUGUUCUCCUUUAAAAAGAAAAAUAUUUUUAGUAAAAAUAAGAUCCAGUUAUGUAUUUCAACUAGUACUUGGUCCAGUAGCUUUUCCCUUGAUACUGUAGGAAGCUAUGGAUGCGUCAGGUGUUCAGCUAAUAACAUGGACUAUCUGGUUGGAGUUACCAUCAAAAUGAGCAGUUUUAACUUGACCAGGAUAGUUACCUUCACUCCAUUCUACACAAUAGCAAACAAAUCUUCUCUGGAACUAGAAGUUGGAGAAAUUGGUCCUAAUGGCUCUUUUCCAACUAAUAAAUGGAAUUAUAUCUCAGCUUCAGAGUGUCUUCCGUUUUGGCCUGAAAACUCAUCUGGUGAACUUUGUGUAAGAGUGGUUGGCUAUGAAAGCUCAUCCAAACCAUUCCUGUUUAAAGCCCAGGAUAAUGGUACUCUGCUGAGGCUGGAAGAAUUGAAUGGGGGCUUACUGGUAGAUGUGAAUGUUUCUGAGCAUUCUACUCUCAUAAGCUUCUCAGAUUACCAUGAGGGAGCUGCUCCAGCUCUUAUUGUUAACCAUACUUCAUGGGACUCUCUCAGAUAUAAACAGAGUGGAUUACAAGAGGAAAUGGAGUUGAAACCAAAGCAAGUAUGCCUGUUUGCAUGGACAGAUCCUACUAAAACAAGAAAAUUGACUUGGGGCUACUCCCAAAAUUUUGGUGAACAUGAUCUGCUUAAG